CCAACCCGUUGCUCGUUGUGAGAAGAAACCAGCAGUUCAUUGCACUAAAUGCUUUCUCUCUCAUCCUUGCCGCUAGCUAUGUCCUUCAAUUUUCUCUUUCUUUCCACCUACAAUCCAAACAAACAUUUGAAAGACUAUUAUUAUUCCUUAAUUUUGAAUACCUCGCCCUUGUUCAAAAGUUACAACGCUCACUCUCAAGAACAUCCCUUGAGACAAUGGAUUGAGGGGGAAAUUUGGCCCUGGGGAAGCAGCCAGCCCAAAUGGGAGUUUUUUGUGUUUCCUAAUGGAUUCUUGAGAAAGAUGAGAUUUUAGAGAUUGGGUUGUGAUUUUCUUCUUUAUGAUGUCUUUUCUGGUUAGGAUUCGGAUCUCUUAUCAACCCUUAAUCAGGUUUUCUUUGCCUUCGUUUACUCCUUUAGUCUUUUCUUGCCUGCCUUGCUUCACCGCUUCUGCCUCCCCAUUUUGAUCGCACCAACCCCUUGUUUUUUGUUUUUUAAAGCUGAAAGUAUGGGGAGCGAGAGGCUGUUUAGUGCCCAGAACAGGAAAGACGAAACUUCAAAGCACUGACCUUUUUGAGUAACUCUCCUUUGAUUCACCAUUGAUUGUGAAUUUCAUUUCAAAAAGAAAAAAGAUAUCUUUUUGGUAAUGGACGCUCUGGGAUGUCAUCAGGACCAUCAAUGCCCUCAAUCUCUUGCGAAAAGUGCAGUAUUUCUGGUGGCAUUCUUGGAUUUGUUAUUAAGGGUUUCAGGGUUAGGAUCAAUGUCUUCCAUAGCCAUCUCCUAUGGAGAGUAUGGGCCUGUUUUUUGUGGCUUAAAGUCUGAUGGAUCUCAUACUGUCUCAUGCUAUGGCUCAAAUUCUGCAAUAAUCUAUGCCACUCCUCAUUCUCCGUUUGUCGGAAUAACCGCCGGAAAUGACUUCGUCUGUGGGUUAUUGAUGGACUCAAACCAGCCUUACUGUUGGGGGAAUAGCCAUUUCAUCCAAAUGGGGGUCCCACAACCAAUGUCCGAACACUCCCAGUACUUGGAGGUGAGUGCAGGGGAUCACCAUUUGUGUGGUCUGAGAAAGCCAUUGACCGGGAAGUACAGAAACACUUCCCUUGUUGACUGCUGGGGGUAUAACAUGACCCGGACCUUCCAAUUCGACGGACAGGUCCAGACAUUGUCUGCCGGGUCGGAGUUUUCAUGCGGGUUGUUUUCGCAGAACCGAACCGUGUUCUGCUGGGGAGACGAGACCAGCAGCCGGGUUAUCAGUUUGAUUCCGACCGGUAAGAGGUUUCAGAAAAUUGCGGCAGGCGGGUACCACGUUUGUGGGAUUCUUGACGGGACGGAAUCUCAUGUUCUCUGUUGGGGGAGAAGCUUGGACCUUCAAGAAGCCAUUGCUGUUUCUCGGUUAGAACCUAAAGAAUCUAUGUUGACGGUGGUCGGCGGGAGAUUCCACGCGUGUGGGAUUAAGAGCGAAGAUCGGGGAAUAAUUUGUUGGGGAUAUCGCGUUGAGAAAUCCACGCCGCCUCCUACCGGCGUUAAGCUGUACGAAAUUGCUGCCGGCGAUUACUUCACUUGCGGAAUCUUAGCAGAGAAGUCUCUUCAGCCUGUUUGUUGGGGAGUCGGUUUUCCUACUUCUCUUCCGCUGGCCGUUUCUCCCGGACUCUGCAGGACCCGCCCAUGUGCCCCUGGGUUUUACGGGUUUAAUAACGGAAGUAAUGGCUCCUCUUGCAAGUCUGAAGAUAACGGAAUAUGCCUUUCCUGCUCCAUUGGAUGCCCAGUUGAGAUGUACCAAUAUGCAAACUGUUCUCCGUCCUCCGACCGAAUGUGUGCUUACAACUGCUCAUCUUGCAUCUCGUCUGAUUGCUCUUCAAAUUGCUCUGGCGGAUUGAAUGGUGAAAAUUCAAAGGAGUUUUGGUCACUGCAGUUGCCUGUUAUUCUUGCGGAGGUCACUUUUGCAGUGUUUCUGGUUAGCAUUGUGUCAAUCAUUUCGGUCAUGUAUGUCCGAUACCGGUUGAGGAACUGUACUUGUUCGGGCGAGUCGUUGGGUGUUAACAAAAGAAAUUCCACAUUCCAGAAGGAAAGCGGGAAAGUUAUACCGGAUGAUCUGCGGAUCAGGAGAGCUCAAAUGUUUAGUUAUGAGGAGCUUGAGCGAGCGACUGGUGGGUUCAAAGAAGAAUCACAAGUGGGGAAAGGGAGUUUCUCGUGCGUCUUUAAAGGGGUUUUGAAGGACGGGACAGUCGUUGCGGUCAAACGAGCAGUUGUUUCACCGGACAUGAAGAAGAACUCGAAGGAGUUCCAUACAGAGCUUGACUUGUUGUCCAGACUGAACCAUGCACAUUUGCUCAAUUUGCUUGGAUAUUGUGAAGAAGGGGAGGAGAGACUUCUGGUGUACGAGUACAUGGCCAAUGGCUCCUUGCAUGAGCACCUGCAUGGGAAGAACAAGACUCAAAGAGAGCAUAUGGAUUGGGUGAGACGGGUGACCAUCGCGGUACAAGCUGCCCGUGGGAUUGAGUACCUUCACGGGUACGCAUGCCCGCCCGUGAUCCACCGUGAUAUAAAGUCGUCAAACAUUCUCAUAGAUGAAGAACACAAUGCCAGGGUUGCAGAUUUUGGGCUCUCCUUGCUGGGGCCUGCAAACAGCAGCUCCCCCUUAGCCGAGCUACCUGCGGGCACCCUCGGGUACCUAGACCCUGAGUACUACCGCCUCCACUACUUGACGACCAAAUCUGACGUCUAUAGCUUCGGCGUUCUGCUAUUGGAGAUUUUAAGUGGGAGGAAGGCGAUCGACAUGCAAUACGAAGAAGGGAACAUAGUAGAAUGGGCAGUUCCGCUGAUCAAAGCGGGUGAGGUGGAAGCCAUAUUAGAUCCCAUACUAAAAACCCCUCCUGAAGUUGAAGCUCUAAGAAGGAUAGCGAACGUGGCUUGUAAAUGUGUGAGGAUGAGAGGGAAGGAGAGGCCGUCAAUGGACAAAGUGACAACAUCACUAGAGCGAGCACUCGCUAUGUUAAUGGGCAGCCCGAGUAACGGGCAGCCGAUCUUGCCAACCGAGGUGGUCCUGGGAAGCAGCAGGAUGCACAAGAAGGCGUCUCAGCGGUCUUCAAACCGGUCGGAGACAGAUGUGGGUGGAGAAACCGAGGACCCUAGGUCUGAGUUCAGGGCGCCUUCUUGGAUCACAUUCCCAAGCGUUGCGUCUUCCCAAAGGAGGAGGUCGUCGAUCUCUGAUGGAGAUGUUGAGGGGAAGAAUGUAGCGAAUGGGACUGGAUUGGGUGAUGCAUUGAGGAGCUUGGAUGAAGAGAUCGGGCCGGCUUCCCCUCAAGAAAACUUGUUCUUACAGCACAACUUCUGAUCUAAUAAUAAACAACAAAGAUUUAUACAAGAGCAGUAGCCAAGAAAGAAUUAGAAGAGUUUGUUGGGCAGCAGAUGUGUAUUUUCUAUGUUUUAUUCUUCUGCUAUUUCAUUUUUGUUCAUUCUAUUAAUUUCAGGCAAUCAGCGGCUUCAGGACUAGUUCUAUGAAUGUUGUUGGGAAGACUGCAACUUUUGAUCAUGUAUCUAGUAAUUGUAUUUAGAGUUGUACUUGGAUAUAUUCUUUUCUCUCGUGAACUUACUAGCUUAGCCAUCCAUUCUAGGAUUAAUUCUGUCAAAAGUCUGCUUAAUCACACUUAAUCUAGUGUUUUACGAAGAGCUACCAUCUUCAACUAUGUGUUGCUUAUUUUU